AUGGAGGCCAACGCCACAUCCACCACUGGGCUCACAGCCACACCUGAGCAACUGCUCCGACUCGUCUUUGCCGGGGUCUGUGGCCUCAUCCUGCUGGUGGGGCUGCUGGCCAAUGGGCUGAUGCUGCUGGUGGUGGGCCGGGGCCCGGGUGCCCCCCACCCACUCCUCACCUUGACCGACAGCCUCAUGGUGAACAUCACGCUGUCUGACCUGCUCUUCCUGGGCUGUGUGGUGCCCGUGCUCCUCCUCAGCUUCCUGCAGCAGGACUGGUGGCUGGGCCCCACCAUCUGCACCACCUGCCAGGCUGCCAACACCACCACCAUGUUCUGCACCUUCUACAGCAUGGUGGCCACGGCUCUGCUACGCCAUGUGGCAGUGGCCUGGCCUGACGUGGCCCUCCCAUCCGGCCUGGGCACCCGCCUGCUGCUCUGUGGGGCCAUGUGGGUCCUGGGCCUCACUGCAUCGCUGCCCAACUGGCUGUUCCAGCGAGUGGUCGAGGAGGAGGAGGCCUGGGCCUGCCUCUUGCUCCUGAACCCUGCUCAGACCUCCUGCUACUUCGCACUGCUGGGAGCCCUGGCCUUCCUGCCUUGCAUGCUGGGGCUGGGCUGCUCUUUCAGCCACAUGGGCUGGCUCCUGUGGAGACAUUCCCAUGGUCCCAUGGGGGAGAACAUCCGGGAGCACCAGGAGAACACAGGGCUCAUCCUUGUAGUGUUGGUGGUCUUUGUGUUGAUGUGGGGGCCCUGCUCUGUGCUGGGCUAUGUGGCAGCUGUGGGGGACCUGCCUGCCACCCCAGUGGCUUUCAUGGCAUCCAGCCUCUGCACCAUCCUGGCCUACUCCAAUUGUGCUGUCAGCCCCAUCCUCUGCUUCUACCUUUCUCGCCCCUUCCGGGCAAGACUCAGGGACCUCUUCUGCAGGCCAGUGGCAGCCAGGCAUUCCAGGGAUGUGGGAGGGGCUGGUGUGGUGAUGGAGAGCAUUGAGCCUCGACAUGACAGGGCCUCAGGAGGCCUGUGGGGUCUGGCAGGGGUCUGA